UAAUAACAUACGGUUGUGGUCUGCUCGGGUGUUUUAUUUACGUGUGAGCAACAAUAACAAAUACUGAAAAUACUACACAGACUCGGUGAAUAGUGAAAUAAAUAUUAAACCAUUAAGAAUAUUGCAAAUCUCGCCAAACAAAAGGAAAUAAACAUAUCUCCAAAUAUGGAUUGCAUUGUUUUAGAUGAUGAAGAUGAAAUAAUGCCAGCUGCCGCUGCCGCUUCCUCUUCAAAAAGUGGCGACAAAGAAAAAGCUGCCCAAACAUUUGAGAAGCGGUUAAUACGACAAGUGCGAAAACAUCGGAUACUGUAUGACAACAAACACAAACUAUUCUCAAACGUGGCUAAAAAGGACAUAGUUUGGCAAGAAAUUGCCAAGAAGCUAAAAAGUGAUGUUGAUACGUGUAAAACAACCUGGAUUGAACUGCGUUACAAUUAUCAAAGUUACGUUCGACGUUUGCGCAAAUACUUUAUCAAUGGUGUCAAAAAGUCGUCCGGUACACGUCCCACCAUGGAAUUCGAUUCCGAUUUGAUAUAUCUGUUUCGUUUCAUUGAAAAUCGUAAAUAUUGUGAUAUACCAUAUGAUAUUCCGGAACCUGUUCGGAAACCAGAAAUACAACAACACAAGAUUGAUGAUGACCUAAUUUUGAUUGAACAACCUGUGGAACUGAUAGUCAUUGACGAGGAUGAUGAUGCGAAGCAGACAGAAAAGUCGUUUAAGGUCACCGAAGAAAUGCGCAAACUUAUUGCUGAGAUUAAAAAAUAUCCAGAACUUUAUGAUACGACACGUUAUGAUUACAAUGAUUAUUCGCGUAAGAGUUUACUGUGGAAUUCCAUAGCUGUACAAGUUGGAGAUAAAGCCACCAAAUUAAUGAAAUGUUGGAUUUUAAUGAUGACCCGUUACGAAUGGGAAAUAUCAAAGACCCCACAGGGUACUGAUGUGGCCAAAUGUCAAACACAACUGCAAAAGGAAAUGGAGUUCUUUGAACCUUAUAUUUUAACAAAUCCCGAAACUGUUUAUAAACAUUCGUAUUAUUUGAAAAAAUGCUGGUGUGAGCCCAUGGAUUACUUCAAAGACAUCUACAACUUUAUAUUGCGUUUAAAGAAAAUGCCCGAUGUUGUCUAUAUAACCGAUACUCAGCUAAAGGAUCCUGAAAAGACAAAACAAUUUUUCACACUGUGGGGCGAUGUGGCUAAAAUGAAGGGUAACUCUCCGGGAGAAUGUGAAACAACCUGGCUUAUAAUGCGUUUAUUCUAUUGGGAAUUGAUGAAUAUGCGCCAACACAGCUAUCAAUUAACCGAUAAAUGGUAUUUUGAAGUUAUCAUCACUGAACUCUAUGACAUGGCCAAAGAGUCGCCAUUGGCCAAGCAGACAAUUCAAAAUAAACGCCAGGAACUGCAAAAACAAGGUUCACAAAAGCAAAAAAAUACUCAAAAAACAGGCACUGCAAAUGCACAUGCCAUAUCGAUUCCAGCACCACAGCCAGCACAAAACGAGCCCGCACCAUUGCCAAAGAUUACAUCGGCCAUAAGUUUAGCACCACAGAUUCUUACGACAAACGGUGUUAGUUCUUCAUUGCAAAUCCGGCCAAUUGGCACCCCCAUCACUUCAAAUGCCAUGUCAACAAUUCUACCGCCAAAACCCGCCACUGUAUUAAAUGGAUCUUUGAUACCUGGGCAUAGCAUACAGUUUUCUUAUACACUGCCAGAAAAUACCCAAGUCUCAGCUAUAAAUAAGGCCUCGGUGGUUACAACCACUUCCAAUACAGGACAGAACGGCAAGCCGAGUAUAAGAACAGCAAUGCAAGCUGUGGCAGCGGCCAAUGGUCCAAAACAAAUGUCGAGUUCGGGUGGGCAAGUUAAUAUGGCUCCCAUGGUCUGCAUAAAUACUACAAUUAAAUCCACCAAUGUUGGGGCAGUCAAUAAUUAUAAAAGUGCAACAAUUCCUAGCGGCACAAACAUCACCAACGCAAAUCCUAAACCCAUUGCUUCAUCUACUGUUCCAGCUGCCAACACAUCUUCAUCCAUUCCCACAGCAGCCUCAGCAACGGGAGAAUUACCAAAAAUUAGCAAUGCCGUUUCAUUAUUAAAUCCAAAUGAAAUUUUAAUUGAAUUAAUCGCCUCACCGACUGGUAAUCUCUUGGUGGUCCAUGGACCUCCACUAAGUGAAAAAUAUCAUUUGACAAUGCCGACUGUGGCCAAAUUUAUACGUGAAGUUCUCGCCAUACCACAAUUGCAUAACACAAAAGCUCUCAAUCAAGCGAAUCUCCUUAAUACUUAUUGGGAAUAUAUUGCCAAACAAUUUAUGUUGCCAACCCACAUUUGCAAAGCCUGUUGGAACUUCUUGUUGGAAAAUUUCAAUCACUUCCCACAAAUUGCACCGUUAAAGGAAUUAAUGAAGCCCUUUACAACAACGCUACCAGUUUGGACAGAAUCAACCAAACUUUUCGAUCGUUUUGCUAAACAAGCUGCUGCCAGUGGUUGGUUAGAAUACAGUUCACAACUUCCGGAAGUUGUGGAAUGUAUUGGCACCUAUCCCGUUCUCUAUAAGGAUGUUUCCAAAAAUGCCAGUAAUACGGUAUCAACAUCAGCUACUGAUAUGGAAGCUUUGUGCGUUUUUCGUACACUAAGUUUAAGAUUUCCGAAAAUAUCUAAUAUCAGCGGUAUAUGGACUGAACUAAAGAAUGUGUUUUGCAAGUAUAUGACCGAUAUUGAGUUUGGCGUUGUCAGUAAAUGGCACAUCAACUGGUGGCGUGUUUUGGCCCGAAUGAAAUUUUUCGUUGAGGCUCGUUAUUCGACCAAUGAACCAUUCUAUUAUAUUGUUAGCAAUAAAAUGUUGGAGGAAAUCGAUCGUUGUGCCAUGAUUGAAAUGAAAGCACGUUACGGGAAAAAGGAUGCUAUAAAAACUGAAGAGAAGCCCUCAACUUCCAAAGCUGUAUUGGGAACUUUACAAAUAAACGAUAUUCCGAAAAAGGAUGUGGAAAUGGUGACCCUGUUGACUGCCAUAGAGAAAUUUCCCAUAAUUUAUGGAAAGGGUGAUUGUUUGCAGAAGUUAGAGGCUUGGGAAAGUGUGGCCAAGGAUUUGCAAAUGGAUGUUUCCGACUGCCUGCUGUCCUUCAGACGUGCCGCACAAAAGUAUUGCAUCUACAAAAAACAGGACACAUUAAAUCGUUGUCCAUUGAACAUGAAAUACUACAAACGGUUCGAUAACAUCUUUCGCAAUGUUAAAAUACCGAAUCGUCGUAAAAUCAACAUCAAAACACCCUCAGAAUUGAAUCAAAGUUUGGACGAUGAGAAGACAAACAACUCAUCCGAUUUCGUUUUUCCCGAACGUUAUAUAAGUGAUAUUAAUAUGUCAAGUUGUGAUAGUGAUUUAGUUGUCAAAAAUUGGAUUUAUGCUUUUGGAAACCUUUCGCCGACGGCAACGGACGAAACCUGUGCGAAAUUGAAAACAAUUUUAACAAAAUAUAUUCCAAAAACGAAGACCAAGGCGAAAUAAUGAUACCAAGUAUCGAUUUGUCGUUGGGGUCUCUGUAUUAUAUUUAUUUAGCUGUAGUUCGUAUUAAUAUUUUUUGAAUUAAUCUUUUUUAUUUUUUGUUAUUUUGUUAGUUUUAUGUACUUUUGUAAAUAAAUAUUAUAUUACCUAUA